ACAAACAAUUAUAGCCCACCAACACGAUGGCCGACAGAACCUAACCCAGUCUACGCUAAUGUGACGUCUGUGCUUUAGCGCUCAUUGGCUUCCUUUCCACGAGCUCGCGCCAAGGCUUCCACACGGAACCACCCUGCGCCCCGCCUCAUCAGUGUCACGUGGAUGAUAGGGAGGCCCCUCCCAGCGGUGAACGAGAGGGAGAGGGAUACAGAGCCAGGGGGAGGAGGGACCGGGUAUGUGGAGUACCGGAGGAAGAGGCUUAGAACGCGAACGUGGGGGUCUACACAUUUAAGGUUCAACACAAGAAACUGAGUAAAUGAUGGAGGUUCCAGGGUUCAGGACACCGGAGGGACAGUGGAAGUGCUGAGGCGACAGGCAGUGGCUUAAUCCCCCUGUACACAAGGUGGGGGAGGAGGUGUCUCUCCUGUGAAAGCGGAGCCCGGGCCACAGGCCUUAGAGGAGGAGCAGGAGGUGACCCUUGUAAAGCUAAACUUGCCAGAAAGAAGCAUGUUUGAAGCAGAGGUUUCCAUUCUGCAAAGAACUGGAGAGGUGGCGAUAACUGCAAUAUGAACCGUGAAGAACGGAACUUGCUGCGUUUGAAAGAAAGGGAAAGGCGCAAUCAAGAAAUCCAACAGGGCGAAGAAGCCUUUCCAUCUGACUCUCCUCUUUUUGCUGAGCCAUAUAAAGUAAUCAGCAAGGAAGACAAACUAUCAAAUCGUAUACAGAGUAUGCUUGGAAACUAUGAUGAGAUGAAUGACACGAAUGAAAUGAUAACUGACCGUUCUUUGCCAAAGGUAGAUAGGAUUCCCAAGUCAGCAGUUCCUCCAACAGCACCAGAUGAUAAGACUGGACAGGGGUACUUUGGAGAUCAGAGGCACAGCAGCUCUCACCAGAGCAGUAAAUGGACUCCGGUUGGCCCUGCACCCAGCACUUCUUCCCAGAGCCAGAAACGCUCCUCCUCUAGUUCACAAGGUGGGCACAGUAGGAGCAGCAACAGUAGCAGCCAGAGACAUGACAGAGAUUCCUACAGUAGCAGUCGUAAAAAGGGGCAGCAUAGCUCAGACCACUCCAAAUCUCGCUCCAUUAGCCCUGGCAAGCAGUCUGCAUUAAACUCUAGCCACUCACGUGUCCAUGGGAAUGAUCAUCACAGCAAGGAGCCACCUCACUCAAAAUCCCCAAGGGACCCUGAUGCUAACUGGGACUCUCCAUCUCGGGCACCUACAUUCUCUAGCGGGCAACACUCCAGCCAAGCAUUUCCUCCAUCUCUGAUGUCUAAGUCAAUGCUGCAAAAACCUACAGCUUAUGUACGGCCUAUGGAUGGGCCAGAAUCUAUGGAGCCAAAGCUUUCAUCUGAACACUACAGCAGCCAGUCUCAUGGCAAUACCAUGAGUGAACUAAAAUCUAGCAGCAAAGCACAUCUGACCAAGCUGAAGAUACCUUCACAACCUGUGGAUGCAUCUGCAUCCGGUGAUGUGAGCUGUGUGGAUGAGAUUCUUAAAGAGAUGACCCACUCAUGGCCUCCCCCACUGACUGCUAUUCAUACGCCAUGCAAAACUGAGCCCUCAAAAUUCCCUUUCCCAACAAAGGAUACACAGCAGACUUCAUUCUCCAGUUGCGAGCAAAAGAGAUACAACCCAUCGACUAAAACCGCUAAUGGUCAUCCAACAAAAUCCUCCCUUAAAGAGGACUUGAAACUCAGCAGCAGUGAAGAUAGUGAUGGAGAUCAGGAGUGUGAAAAAGUAGUGCAGACAAAUACACCAGGAAGUUCCGAACCCUCACAAAACAACAGUGAGGGAGCAGAGAAUUCCAGGGAUGACUCAAGCAGCCAUAGUGGCUCCGAAAGUAGUUCAGGAUCAGACUCUGAGAGUGAGAGCAGUUCCAGCGACAGUGAAGCAAAUGAACCAUCACGUAGUGCCUCCCCAGAGCCUGAACCACCUCCAUCAAAUAAAUGGCAGCUGGAUAACUGGUUGAAUAAAGGGAAUCCACACAAAGUGUCUCCUGCAUCUUCAGUAGAAAGCAAUAUCCCUUCGUCCCAAGGCUACAAAAAGGAAAGCCAGGAGCAGGGUGCAGGAACUGGCUAUGGAGAACCAAGUGGGCCAAAAGAGUCAAACACCUCUACGCCAGCUAGAGAAUCUAAGACUGCACAAAAGGGCUCUGAAAACAGCCGUGGAAGGCAAAAGUCUCCAGCUCAAAGUGAGAGCACAACGCAACGAAAAACAAUUGGCAAAAAACAGCCCAAGAAAACGGAAAAAUCCACUGUUGAGGCACCUCGAGGAGGACUUAAAAUAGAAAGUGUUACAACUACAGAAAUAACCACCAAUUUGCCUCCUAAUAGACAUAAAGCAGCCACAAAAGGCUCCCGUAAGCCCAACAUUAAGAAGGAGCCAAAGUCCUCUCCUCGGCCUGCAACGGAGAGGAAAAAGUACAAGCCAAGUAAACCAUCUCAGAAAUCAAGAGAGUUUGUUGAAACAGAUACCUCAUCUUCAGACUCUGAUGAAAAUGAGAGCCUUCCACCUUCAUCCCAAACCCCCAAAUAUUCUGAAAGCAAUAGGACUCCUCCUGCAAAACCCUCCGUUGAGGAGGAUGAUAGUUUUUUCCGUCAGCGUUUGUUCUCUCCUAUGGAAGAGAAGGAACCUCUUUCACCCCUCAGUGAGCCAGAGGAAAGGUACCCACUCAUUGUUAAGAUUGACUUGAACUUAUUGUCCCGGAUACCUGGGAGACCCUAUAAAGAAGCAGAGCAACCCAAGGUUGAGAAAAGUGCUCCAGAGAAGCAUCCAAAAGAAAUCCAGAAACAGACUGAUAAAAGUUCCACAAAGGGAAAGCGGAAACACAAGAAUGAUGAUGAAUCUAGAGGUAAUGAUAGCAAGAAACCAAAAGUAGAAGAAAAAGCCUCAAGUCACAAAUCAUCUAACAAAGAAUCCUCCAAACAGAAUACAGUAAAGGAAAAAGAUCCGCUUCCCUCUCCUGCUCAGCCUCAGCAACAGAAAGAUUCAAAGACUGACCACAUACCUCGGAAAAGGACGGUUAGCCAGUCAUCAUCCUUAAAAUCUGGCAGCAGUGGUAGCACCAAGGAGAGCAGCAGUAAAAGUAGCUCCUCAGCCAAACAGAGGAAGACAGAAGGCAAGAGUACAAGCAGUGCAAAGGAGCCCAAGGAGAAAUCUGCUAACAGUACAGUGGCUGUUGCAUUUAUACCACCUGUAGACAACAAAUCCCAACGGGCAAAACUGGUUUUUGAGGACAGAAUCCAUUCUGCAGAUCAUUACCUGCAAGAAGCAAAGAAACUAAAGCACAAUGCAGAUGCUUUGUCUGACAGGUUCGAAAAAGCAGUCUAUUACCUUGAUGCUGUGGUCUCUUUCAUCGAGUGUGGGAAUGCUUUAGAAAAGAGUGUUCAAGAGGCCAAAUCCCCAUUUCCCAUGUAUUCAGAAACUGUGGAACUAAUUAAGUACACCAUGAAAUUGAAGAGCUCUGCUGCACCAGAUGCAACUUCAGCUGAUAAAAGACUUGGUGUUCUCUGUCUUCGUUGUCAGUCUCUUUUGUACCUCAGACUGUUUAAACUGAAGAAAGAGAGUGCACUGAAGUAUUCCAAGACAUUAACCGAGCAUCUAAAAAAUUCCUAUAGUAAUUCUCAAGCACCAUCUCCUGGAAUUGGAAGCAAAUCCGUGAGUAUGCCUUCCCCGGUGUCUCCUAAGCUGUCUCCUGGAAAUUCCAACAGCUACUCCUCCAAUGUGUCCGGUUCCUCAGGCAGUACGUCUUCAGUGACUAUCCCGCAGCGAAUACACCAGAUGGCAGCCAGCUAUGUCCAAGUUACGUCCAAUUUUCUGUUUGCAACCGAAAUCUGGGACCAAGCUGAACAGCUCUGCAAAGAGCAAAAUGAUUUUUUUACAGAGCUAGAUAAAGUAAUGGGCCCUCUCAUCUUUAACUCAAGCACUAUGACCGAACUGGUACGUUACACACGUCAGGGCCUGCAUUGGUUACGCCUGGAUGCCAAAUUGAAACAUUAAGAAGGCGAAUAAAUCGGAACCAUAACCAUUCUCUUGCUGCCUCUAUAUUUUCCACAACACUGUGUUCUGUUGGGAAGGAAGGAAGAAGACUGCCAUAACCCUCCAGUCUGGCUAUCACCGAGGGCACUGCGCUCUGAACAUCUUGGAUUCAGCCAUAUCCACUUUUUAUUUUUAAAGAAACCUUUAAACAUGUUGCAAAAAGACAUCGCCAGUCUUCACUUUUUUUUUUUUUAAUUUAAAACAAUUAUUUAAAAGGAAUUUUCACAUCAGCAUUACGGAAGAUUGAUUUUUCUCCAUCGCUCUACCGAAGGAUUGGUGUUCCUAAUAUCACGCAUGAGAAAUCCUAAGAAACGUAUUUAUUUUAUGAAGCGCAAAGCAGAUUUUAAUUGUCAUUAUUACCUUUAGCAAUGCAGGGGGGUCUACCUGGUGCAUCUUGAUCUGCAAUGAACGAUGCACUGACUGGCGGUACAUUUUCCCAUUGCUGAUGCAAAUCAUAGGAUUGCACAACUUUUAUGCGUAAGCAGUAACGUCUCAUCCCGAGGGGGGAAGGGGUUAUAUUUUAAUUUUUUUUUUUAAGGUGGUUCCUAUUGGUUUAAACUUCCAAGUACUUUUAUGAUACAGCUUAUGCAUUUCUUGUUUUUUUUUUUGUUUUUUUUUAUAGUUUAUGGUCGUUCUGUUGUUUGGUUUUAUCGUCUUAGAGUAUAAAGCUCAGUGCAUUUUAACCCGUAGCGGUAGGUAACAUUGUAUUACCUAACAUUCAAGGUCUGUGCUGUCAAAGGGGAGACAGCAUCUUAAUUCUUGCAGUAGAAAACCAGAACAACCAUGAAGUAUUCUUCUACGUAUAAAAUAAAUCAUAUGACAGAGGUUAUUAUACAAAUUAUAUAAAUGGAAACUAUAUUAGUGUUAUGACGAGGGUAUUCAGGGCAAUUCAGACCACGUGAAAUAAAGAAAAAAAAACACUAUUUAACAAUCAUUUAGAAUACAUAGUUUGCAUGAAAUGCUAAACAUGUUUGGGUUGAACAGGGUAUGUCUCUAUGUGUUUUUGUUUUUUUUUCUAGACAGCAGAAAUGUUAUUUAUGGCCUCGAUAUUAA